GUCCUUCCUUCCAUUUCAUCUGAUUCAUUUAAUACAUAUGCAGUUUUUGUUCCUUAAUGAAUGAAGCUGUUUUGAAGCUGUGAGAUGGUCUAACUUUCUAGCUAUUGCAUUUUAUUUACUAAAUUCUUGGUUAGCAGCACAUUUCUUAUAUGGCUCACAAAAUGAAAUCUUGAUUUAUGAAACCAUUUGGGACUGAAAAUAUGACAGGAUGGGAUCAAGCUCCUUGGACUAGUUCUAAUUCACUCAAGAAUUCUUCUGAUUGAGUUAAUGUACAUUUUCUUGAUCUUCAUUUUUCCAUUUUUCUAUUACAUUAUAAAGAUAGUUUCUUGACAUGGUCAUGCUAUUUAACUGCCCUACAGCUGGUUCUGGUUUUGUGUGCUGAGUUUUGUGUAAAAGAGCUGGCUUUAAGUAAGAUAUAAGGCUUUAACCUACCCUCUGCUAUUUGAUGAAAUGCUUCAGUUUCGAUUUGAUGAUGGAUGACUUGAACUGUAUUGCAGACAUGUCAUUUUUGCAAAUGCUUCAGUUUCCAUUACACAAUGGUAUCCACACAUCCUAGACCCUUGAUGCUAAUUUCAAUCUAGUGCCUGCAUCCUUAUUUCAAGAAAAGGCAUCAUAAAAGAAGGGUUGUGCAGAAGCCUUUUUGGAUUCAAUUAUAAAUAGGUGGAUUCUUGAGGAAAGGUAAGUUGUGAGAUAUGCUUACUUUCUGGAAGUUGCAAAAUUUUAUUGUGAAGUUUUCACAUCUGAUUCUCAUCUCUGUGCACCAGCCUCAUGUGAAAUGGAGCUACCUCUACCUUCAACUGACUGGUGCUUUUCUUUAAUCUUUUUGAACAAUUACCUACCCCACCCCAUGCAUAAACUUCAGCUUUUGUAGAGUCUCCUGUGAAUUAUAAAUUGCUAAAAAUGGUGCAAUUGGUACUUGUGUUGUGAAUUUAUGCCAGCCCAUACCAAUUGACAAAAGCUUUUACUUUAAUUUGCACCAAUUAAGGUUACAUAUCCACUUCUGGCCCAAAAAAUAAAAAAAAGGUUGCAUAUCAACCAAAAUGGAAAAUAAUUGGCUGCGUUGAGCAUGUUAGAUGCAAAUUGGUAAACUAAGAUGCCUUUGUCUGUUUAGUUUAUCAUAUAAGUAUGGAUUUUUAUGAGCUAGAGGUUAAUCAUCUGCUGUUAAUUUUGAUAGUGUCACUAUUUGUUUUGGCUUAUUGAUGAUGGGUGGAUGUGUCAAAAGUAAAAUAUUGUGCCUUGAUAGAUCAUUAAAUUCAAUACUGCUCUGUUAUUUUUUCUUUGCUUACUGAUAUAAUCUAUGAAGCAAAAACUAUUAGAACCAUCUUAGAAGGUCAUUUCUGCAGCAUGAAUGUGAAAAUCCCAAAUCCUAUGACCUGAUUAUUAUCCAAAUGGAUUUAACAUUUGCUCUUUUUUCUGCUUCUCUUUUUGUGUCAUUUAUUAGAACAUUUGCUCUUUUAUGGAAAUAUUACUGAAAUGGAGAUUUUAUGAUUUGAGUAACAGGUUCUUGUCCAAUACAAUGUGCUUGAAGUGGCUCUGACAUGAGAAAGCUGUUGGAUGCAAUGUCUUGUAGACUUGGCACAUUGACAACCUAUCCAAGCUUGCCUUCUGAUGAUAUGAUUAAUGAUGGAUGGUUACCGAACAAACCAAUUGGUAUUAGGCGUUUAGGACUGAGAAAUCCAUGAAGAUUUCAAACUUAAGCUGAAGUGAUAAAGAUAUCAGCCUUGUCAUUCAUGUUUGACUUCAUACCAGCUGAAACUACAUAUACUUUGAGGGGCAAUUGCUUG